AUGACAUACAACAUUGUCAAGGCAUCGUGUGGUGAAAUCACAGAAGGUGAUAUCAAGGAUGCUCUACAACACAAAUCACCAUUGGUCUACUUUGGACCAAAACUACCGGGCAAAAUCGAAGAUAUGGUCAAACGUCACAAAGUAUCGUUGAUUCAAAGCGACAUUAUCUAUCACGUUGUCGAUGGCAUCAAAGCACAUUUGGAGAGUCGUCUCGAGCCAGUCACCAUCUACAACAUCACUGGUGAGGCCAAGGUACUCCAAACAUUCAACAUUGACAUUUCCAACAGAAUCGAAAUCAAGGCAGCUGGUUGUAAAAUCUCUGACGGUAUCUUUAAAAAGGGAUCCAAGAUUCGUGUGCGUAGAGGUGACGAUAUCAUGCACGAGGGCAAGAUUGAAUUGAUCAAACAUUUCAAGGAAACCGUAAAGGAAGUGACCAAGGGUAUGGAAUGUGGUAUUUGUAUUCAAAAUUACGAUGAAGUCGAAGAAGGUGAUGUUAUCAUUGCUUUUACAACUGAUCAAGAAACUAGAGAAUUGGGUCAAACUAUUAAAAUUUAUAAAUAA